UGUCAUAAAUUGAUAUUGUAUUCACUGAACAGUAACAUUAAAGAUCCAACAGUCAGCUAUUUAACACCACUGCAGAAUAUAUCAUGCGUGAAAAACUUUAAUGUCACAUAUCCGGCUAGUUUCAACGAAUAGGAAAAAGUGCCAGGGUGAUUCUUCAAUGACAGUGAGGAAUUCUAUUAAUUUUGUUUAAUUAUUUUCUGUGUAUGUUGAACAUAUUUCAUAUAUUUCCGUAUCAAUGUAAAAUGGUGUAACUCAGCUAAUAAUUGAGCAGUUAUGUUCAAAUAUAGUUAUUCGAUAUGGAAUGGAUAAAACUUCUCAAUUUUUAGAAGGACGAACUAUAGUUAACAGCCAAAGGCUUACAACAGGAAGACAUACAUAUUCUAACAGUGCCACACAGUUCAGCUGUACUUGUUAUAGAUUAAAGAUUAAGAAAGUGAUAAGUUGCAUACUGUAUACCUACACUUUUCUAUCACGAUGAUCACCACGGGAAUAUUGUGAACUAUUCUUCGGAUGUACAAAUGCACAUACAGUUAUGCUUGAGCAAUCACUAUACGUUCAUCGACCGCUACGUCCCUAACUGAAGAAAUAAUUUUAUAUAGUGAACGAGAGGAUUAAGUGAAUUAUGGGUUUAUAAUAUCAUUUGUGUAUAUGUUGUAAACGUGGGUAAAAAUGGCAAUACCUAUGAUGUAGACACAUGGAAAACUUUUUUAAAGGUGAAUAGAAGUUCUAUUCGAGUGCAACUAUUAAAGGAUGAAUUAAAGUAUAUAUUAGCAGGGAUUAUAACAAGAGGAUUAUCGUUAUUGCAAACAUUUUUAAUUCAGGGCUAAAUUAUAAUACUUAUGACCCUACUGUGUAACAAACGUAUCAAUACUAUACCAGGUGGAAUUUAAGUGAACGAAUCAUCCAAUACAAUAAUUGGAAAUUCUAAAGACAAAUAUUGUUAUCUUUACGACAAAGCUGUGCUUUUAUCUUACAUAAAGGAGCCAAUAUACACGAAUGCUUAAAUCAUGUAUACGGCACAGAAAGCGUCAACUUUCUUGCAUUGAUAAAACACAGAUUGACAUACAAAGCAAUAAUUGUAGGUUUGUCGGUAUCGUUCGUAACCGUCCGAAAUGUUUCAAAAAUUUUCACGAAAGAUGUUUGAAAUAAAUAUCAAAUGCGCCAACAAUAUUUUUUACAUGGAGUGCAUUGAAGAAUAGAAAACAACCAUCUCUAAUAUUUUUAUUCCGUAGAAAUGAGUGCAAACAUUUCGGACAGUAUAUCAUCAUACGAUAUAUUGCCGAGUUUCAAUAGUAGUAGCAAGUUUACUAUCGGACAUAUUGGCGAGAACAGUUCUUCAAUACCUCCGAAUACAUCAGGAACUAAUUAUUCUUCCGACGACCCGCCAAAUUCUAUUUACACGCCAUGGCAGCAGGCACUAGUGACGUUAGUACUUGUGUUACUGGUUAUAGGCACAAUAGUUGGAAACUGUUUAGUAUGUAUAGCCGUUGGAAUAGUGAAAAAGCUUCAAACACCUUCAAAUCUUCUCAUUUUAUCAUUGGCCGUGUCAGACCUCUUAGUUGCUGUACUAGUGAUGCCAUUUGUAACUACAUACCAAGUUCUAAGCUAUUGGCCGUUCGGAAAUGAGAUUUGUGAUUUGUUUACUUCUUUAGAUGUCAUAUUGUGCACAGCAUCCAUCCUUAAUUUAUGUAUGAUAAGCGUUGAUCGUUAUUUUGUUAUCACACGACCCUUUCAAUAUGCAAUGAAACGAACACCAAAAAGAAUGGGCAUAAUGAUUGCCGGUGUAUGGUGUUCCUCUGUGUUGAUAUCUGUUCCACCUUUAUUUGGAUGGAAACAAGCCCCGCCUAAAUGGCAUUGUAUUAUCAGCCAGAAUAUAGGCUAUCAAAUCUAUGCAACUUUAGGUGCCUUCUACGUUCCACUUUUCGUCAUGUUGGCAGUUUAUUACAGAAUAUGGAGAGUAUCUUCUCGAUUAGCAAAAAAAGAAAGUACAAAUCAGCUUGGUAGUAUUGAUAAAGGUCAAAGCAAUGUUCAUUACUCAAAUAGAGUGAAGACAAAUUCUGUUGAAACUGGAGGUACUGUUUUACCUAACGGCAACUUAAGAAACGGUUGCCAUAGUGAAAAAGAAGAAGAUGAAAGCGUAGAAAUGCUUGCAAGAAAUAGUGCUUCAAUUCAAAGACGUAGAUUUACUAUUAAAAGUAUUUUACCAAAAGGUCGUAGAUCAUCUGGGCAUAAAGAUUCGAAGGCUAUUAAAACACUAGGAAUUAUAAUGGGUGGAUUUACGGCGUGUUGGUUGCCAUUUUUUAUUCUUGCCGUUAUUAGACCAUUCGUAGGAGAUAACGACAUUCCAAUCCACAUGAUAAGUGUCUUUAAUUGGCUAGGAUACUUUAAUUCAUUUUUGAACCCAGUGAUCUACGCAAGGUUCAACAGGGAUUUUCGAACUCCUUUCAAGGAAAUAUUAUGCUUGCGUUGCAAGGGAAUUAAUGUGAGAAUUCGUUCAGAAAGCUACGUUGAGCAAUAUGGACCAGAUCCUAGAUUGAGAGAUUGUUUACGACCUCCUACCUCCUCGGUUGUUCGAUAUGACAGUCAAGGUCGCACGGAAGUUCAUUUAGGAAAUGGUUCGACGCCUUCUGAAAGUAAAGUAUGACGAACCAAAACAAUCUCAAUAAAGUUUAUACUCUGUCUCCAAAGAUGACAUCUGCAUGCAUUAAGAAUGUCGGUGUUCUCGACAAGUUCAUCGACUUCAUGUACUGUGAUAUAAAAUGACGAGAGAUUUGUAAAUUGUUAUUUAAUGACAUUUUUGUGACCCAAAAUUUAGUUUUUGGCUUAUUGUAUAUUUAAGAAGCUGUGAUAAAACUUGCUAUAAAUACAAUAGAGAAACUCAUUAAUGUUCUACUAUGUAUGGCAGAAUAUGGUAUACCUUUACAUGUUAGCAUUUACAGUAUAGGUAAAAAUACAUUUUAUACGUUUGAAACCGUGGCUGACGUCACAGCGGAUUAUAAAUCCCUUAUUUAUAUAUGUACAUUCUCUGUGAUUUUUGCGAUUAUAUAAAUUUUAACUCACGAAACAACAUCUUAUAUUUUACAAUUACACCGAGUUUUCUAGUUCUUUUAUCUUAAUUCUGUUUUGAAAUUAUCAGCUCGACAAAUCAAUAAUGGUAAAGACGGUUGCUUUAAUAGACUGCUCAAAUUCUUAAAAACGAACUUUUUGUCGCUUAACUAUGCAGUUUAAUGAAACCAAAUGAAUUGAUAGAAAUAAACCAAGGUUCAAGAUUCUAUUUACGCUCUGGUGACGAUUUCGCAGAUUAUCUGUUUAAAAGACAAAGAAUUAUAAAAAAUAUAUAUGUGUAUAUCCUUUAACCGUCUUAUACUUGUUCAGACAAUACAUAGUCAUGUACGUCCGACUAAAAUAUGGUGCUAAGUGUUUUACAUUAUUAGAUUUUAAUUCUUGUAUAAAGUGACUUAAAAUAUGAAAUUAAUGUGACAUAUUUAUUUCAUUCGAAGGAUUGGACUUUUUUUUCUAAAGAUAAUGGUGCUUUUUGCGUUUUCAUGCGAACACAUGUUGUACGUGGUUUGCUUUUUUUUUCAUGAAAACGAAAAUAAGGGGGCUCUUUUAGGUAUUAAUAAUCUUAUACUAAGCUACUGAUGGGUCAUUUUGAUCUUACAAUUAACACACUUUACAAAAAGGUUUAAAAUAUUUUUAUUUUUAUAUAAAAUUCAUUUGAAAACUUAGCCCUCUUGCGGCAAAUAUUAUUCAACUUUUACAAAAGAGCUUUGCUCAAACCUCUUUUAAGAGGUCUGUCCUGCUGCUUUAAAUAGCACAUAUCAUAUUUGGCUUUAAAAUAAUGCUAUUAAAACUAUACAUAGCUUGAAGACAUGAAAUUAGAACGAUGUAAGAAAUUCAAAUAGGCUGGUUACUCAGUGCGCCUUUGUCAAAUUUUCUAAUAAAUGGAAAGAAAUCUUUAUAAAUUUUGUACGUCCGAAUCGCUUCAGAUUUACUAUGAUCAUGUACACAUAUUAGCGGCAUGCAGUUGAACCUCUGCAAGAUAUCAAAUUAGUUAAUCGUAGACUACACCAUAAAUAUGACAAUGGUUUCGGGAAAGAACAUAAUGCGUUUAUAACAUUGCCGAUACCAAUUAUACUGCAUAAGAUGCGCUUUUUCGAUUUUUAAUGUCUUUUCAUCGAUACUCGAUGCCAAAAAAAAAAAAAAUCGAAAACCUAUUACAAAUUUGAAGAGCUGAUAUAUCCAAAAAAGAACAACGUUUUACUUCACCAGAGGCGCAUUUCAACAUUUUAUGUCUCUUCAGUGAUUCUCAAGGUCAAAAUAUUUGAAAAUCCUAAGCCAAAUAUAAUCUUUCAAGGUUUGUUGAUCGUUCAUAAAAGAUUUUGAUAAAAGUAUCACAAAAUUGAUAGUUCAUAAAUCUGAGUUUUGAGUAAGGACAACGUGCAGUAAGUUUGUCGUUCAUAAAAUUGUUUUUAUUUCAAUCUGGAUUAUGAGAAAACUUGAAUUAAUUUCAAUAAUUGAAACUAAGCAGGACUGUAUGUUCUAAAUGUGUCGAAUACAAUGUGGCAAAGAUACAUACAUUGGAAAGACGUAGAGACAGACACACAAUAUCCGUCGAUUAAAGCUCUUAGUAUGUCUUUGACCCGAUCAAUUAAGAACAUUUUGUUUUAUUAAUAACAUAAGUCAUUAAACAGAAUUUGUAUUUUUAUUUAAAACAUAUCAUAUAUGUACAAGAAGCGACUAUGCUUUUAAUUAUCACGGGUUUCUUUCAGUGUCGUUAAGUAUUUUAAAAAGUAUCAGCUUAAUUGUUGGGUAUUGUCCAACAAACAAACAACGUUUUUGUAAUAACUAUAAGCUAUUAAUUAAUGUUAUUGUCAGCUCAGUCGAUUUAUAACAUUCUCUUAAGUAAUAAUGAAAAAAUAUUUAAUAUCAAUAUGGAUAUGGUCUAUUAUGAGAAAUCACUUCCCAACAAUUUUUCGUAAAAAUGACUAGGCUUCUUCUCAAUUAAAAAAUAAGACACCACAUACUUUAGUAUUAAUUAUCUAAUACACUCUUUCUUCUCUAAUAUGCAUUGUAUGUUAAACGGGUAACAAUAGCAAUGUACAGUAUAGAAUUACUGGUACAUAUAAAUUUAUGGGCUACAUUAUUUACCACACUUCUCCUCUCUUUUGGAAAAUGUGUGCAUCAAUUGCUUUAUAAGUGCCACAAAGAAAACAUUUUAAAAGACACGGUUAAAUGUUUUGUAUAUGCAAAAAGUCAUGUAGAUUACCAAUGGAUUGAAUGUUCCUUAAUAAAAUUCCAUAGUUAAAGACCACCUGGCCCUUUUUCAAAUAAUUUCAUUUCGAAUUUAUAGUUGAGACUUAUUACGGUAACCGGUACGUAAAUGGGCAAUCUCACGGAUUUUUAUGAAAUUUUGCAAGCAUUUUGAGCAUGUGGAACUGCAUAUGAAUACCAAAAAAAUAUAUAAGUAAAUUUUAUACGUCCGGAUUUAUAGCAAAUUGAAUAUUCUGUAGAAAGAAGCACAAAUGUAUGUAGGAUGCACAUGAAUAUCAAAAACAAUAUUGAAAAAUUUGACUUUAAAUUGCCUUUUGUCAUAAACGUAUCCUACGAAUUUUCUUUAAACUUGAUAUGUUAAUGCCCCUAAAAUUUUCGUUUUAAUAUUCGAUUUUGCUGUAUAAAUCAUUCAAAAAUCUAUGUAACAUCUAAAACGUUGCAAAAUAAGAUUUCUAGACACGACGUCACGAUUAUUUUUUUUCCUUUUUUGGCGCUUUUUCCACGCUGCACAGAAGUUUCAACUAUUCAUACUCAAAAAAUGAAUUCGGUGACCCCCUACAAAUUUUAUAUCAUUAAAACGGGAAUUUCAAUAGCAAUAACAUAUCAUUUUUAAAGAAAAUUCGUAGAACCGGAUUUCGAGAAAUGUUAAUUGUAAGUCAAAAUUGCUGAACUUUUUUACGAUAUUUACGUAUAUUCUAUAUAUUUGUAAUACUUUUUUCCGGUUUUUUAUUUGCUAUAUUUAAAACAGUUUAACAGUUAUAACGUCCGUACGUCCCAAAAUUGGUUUCCGUUCUCUAACUUGAGUUUGCCUCAAUCAAAUGUUAUGAAACUUAUACACAAUGCUUAUUACCACAAAAUACAGAUCAAGUCUGAAUUUUGGUAGCGCCAUUCUAACUGUUCUAGAGUUAUGCCCCUUUAUAAAUGGAAAAAUUACAAAAUGUUUAGUUUCCUUUCUCUAACUUAAGUUUGCCUCAACCAAAUGUUAUGACAUUUAUACACGAUGCUUAUUACCACAAAACACAGAUCAAGUUUGAAUUUUAGUGGCGUCACUUUAACCGUUCUAGAGUUAUGCCCCUUUAUAAAUGGAAAAAAUUGCAAAAUUUUUAGUUUCCGUUCUUUAACUUAAGUUUGUCUCAACCAAAUAUUAUGAAACUUAUACACAAUGCUUAUUACCUCAAAAUACAGAUCAAUUUUGAAUUUUGGUAGCGUCACUCUAACCGUUCUAGAGUUAUGCCUCUUUAUAAAUGGAAAAAUUGCAAAAUGUUUAGUGUCCGUUCUCUAACGUAAGGUUGCCUCAACUAAAUGUUAUGAAACUUAUAUACAAUGCUUAUUAUCACAAAAUAAAGAUCAAGUUUGAAUUUUGGUGGGGUCACUUUAACCAUUCUCGAGUUAUGCCUCUUUAUAAAUGGAAAAAUAUGCAAAAUUUUUAGUUUCCGUUCUCUAACUUAAGUUUGCCCCAACCAAACAUUAUGAAACCUUUACACAAUACUUAUUACCACAAAACUCAGAUCAAGUACAAAUUUGGGUAGCGUCACUUUUAUUGUUCUUGAGUUAUGUCCCUUUAUAAUGUUGUAUGCAAGCGGGGGCAUCAUCUGUGUCCAUGGGGACACAUUCUCCAUUUAUUUUUUGGAUGUCAUGUGCAGUUCCUUAGGCUCUAGUUGUAUACAAAAUUUCAUAAAAUUCGGCGAGAUCAUCCAUUUACGUACCUGUUACCUUAAUAUUUUCAUUUAUCAAUUCUUCAGACGUUAGAACUUAUAGUUAUUUCUCGCUUUAUUUAUAAUAUUUUGCAGUGAAGAAAAAUAAGUUAUAUUGUUAUCGUUUUUUUUCCUUUGCUCCGAGUUUUAGACGUACAUGAACAUGGGAUUGUCUUAUUUUCUUUUUUAAUACGAUAUUUUUCGUCAUUAUCGAUACAAAAUACGAAAUAUGUAAUAAUUUGGUUUUACAUAAAAUCGUAAAAAAAUCACAGAGAAUGGUUUAUUUUUAUUAUUUGUGUUGCAGCUAAGCUGUUUUAUUGAUUUUACUGCUGAUUAUUGGCAUGCAAUAGCAAAGAUUUGUACAUAAUUUAUCAUAUUUAAUUUCAUCAUCCAUAGUUUAAACGAGUUUUACAGAAAUUGCAUUUAUCGUCAUGUGGGAGAAAACGAAGUGGUCACCUGUAGAAUUACAUUCCAUUUAUUUACUCCAUAAACACAUAGAAAAUUCCAAGACAGUUACGAAAUCCAGUGUUUUUAUACUAGAUUACUCUUUUGUAAAAGGUUUUCAUGAUAAUCUUGCCUGACCUUAGCAACUAUUUAUAAUUGGUAUAUAGUGUUCGUGAUGUACCGGUAGUUUUUGUUAUCAUUUGAAUUUCAUAAAUAAAUUAAAUAUUAUAUGAUUAAACCUACUUAGUAUGCGGGUACUUGAGUACUAACUUUUGACAAAAUUUACAUCCCUAGUUAUUUAACUAGGAAUAUCAUCAACUGCAUAUUCCAUAUAAAAAAACUUAAAAUAUUAAAUAAGUUUCAGUUUAGAGUUAUAUAGCUUUUCAGGCAAGACAUUAUAAAAAUGUUUACACAAAAAUAUUUUUUGAGGUCUGCCAAACUUUUUUCAAAGCUAGGACUAUUCUGUUGUAGAUAAUUAAUAUUAUGUUUCGAUUCAGAUAUUUGAUUAGAAACUAUUCCUUCACCAGCAAUAGGAUCAAAGAAGCGUAGAAAAAUUACAUUUGAUAGAAUACAGUGUUUAACAUGGAUUUCUUUUUCAUGCAAGACUGAUGUAGAGAAACCACUUAUUCAUGUCCCCAUUGCUUUCUAUGUAAAUUUCUGUCAAAAAAGAAAUAUACACACUGGGCAAACACAUCAACAAAAAAACCCUUUAAUUGAAUGAUGCACCGAUGACAAAAAUAAUUACGUCAGAUCUGAGAAACAGGCAAAAUAUCCCCUCCUAUUUUCAUUUCAUACAUUUGUUUUAACUUUUCGAAAUAAGCAUUAAACAAGGAUUCUAGAAUGAUCCCCUGACCUUAAAUUUUCAUUUGAUACCAACAUUUUCUAAAUAUAUUACAAAUAUCAAAAGUUACACCUAUGCGUAGGAAUUUUAAUUUAUUUUAUUGUAUAUUAUAAUUAUUUCUGGUAUAUUCUUCCUGCGCGACAUUUUAAUUACAUUUGCGUUAGCUCUGUUAAGCAGUGACAAUGUUUUUUAAACACGGCUUUUAUAUAUCAAAGCUAUUUUGUUAACUUUUUCAAUUACAAAAGUAACCAGCGUUACUUGUGUAUUUGAUGUUAUUUUUGCUUGUUUGUUUGUUUGUUUGAAGGAAUUGUUAUUGUUUAUACAUCUUGCCAUAUCAAACUUUGGGUUGAAGCAGCUGAAGGACUGAUAAGAUAUAUUUACUGUUCAUAAGAUAAGGUUUUAUAAAGUACAGUUGUAAAUUAUUUGCUUUGACAAUUUAUCAUUUAUUGUUUUUAAUUUAAAACUCCAUUGUUCGCUCAGCAAAGGUAACUUCAUACAUAAGGUGGGUGGGUUUCAGUGACUUCCAAACAAAUGAUAAGUAAACUGCAUGCAAACGUCCAUAAAGGUGCUAAUGCUGUCAAUACUGAUUCAUUUUGGUGAUAAGGGAACAACUAUUUUACUUUCAAAACAGAAUAUUUCGUUUGCAAAAAUUUAUCACCAGAAUAUUAAGAUAAAUUUGCAUGUAAGUUGAAAAACAAUUACAACUAUAAUUGGAUUUUCACAAAAGAAAAUUAUGUAUUCUAAGCCCGAAAAUUAAAUGGUAUAAUAUAAUUCUAACUGCUAUUACAUUUUCUCAUAUUAGCUUAAUUAAAGUGUAAUUUUGUUUUCACAAAUAGUAAUGUGUUUAGGUAUUCAUUAUAUUAACAACAAAAAAUUCAGAUAGGAUUUUUGUCAAAUGGUCUAUAAAAUGUUACUAUCCUAGGUUCUAUCACGUGUAUUUCUUUUUUAAAUAUGUCUUUAUCUACUAUUAAAACAAAUAUGAUAAAUAUAAUAUGAUAACAGAUUGACAUUUCAUUCAGUUUAUUGACCUUGUGGACGUCCUGGGAGAAGAACGCGUAAGAUAUUCAAAAAUGUAUUUUUAGCAAUAACCAUCUAUUGUGAAAAAUUCUUAUAAUUAUUUAGAACAUUUAUGUUGUUAUUACAACUGUUAUAAACUUAUUAUAAACUAUUAGUGAUUUUCUAGUUUGUAACAUAUACAUUCUAUAUUGUAAAAUAUUGCUCACUAUCAUUUCUAGUCGAUACCGUUAGAAACGUAGGUCACUUGCGUCAGUUUUUCUUUUCUUUUAAUUCUCAGGUUCCGUCAUCUCAAAUCUCUGAAAAGCUUCACAACAAAGCACAUUAUAUAUUUAAAAAAGAAGCGCAAGAUACUAAAGGGACAUUCAAACUCUUAAGGUACAUCCCUCUGACUAAACUUUAGGAAUUCCAAAGCUCUCCCCCCUAAAAUAAAUUACACAAAUGAAUAAAAAGAUACCACCAACGCCACCACACACAUACCUUAACUUGUAUUUUGUAUAUGUAAUCUCAGAUUGUUGUUAUCUGUAAGUGUUAGUUAAAAAAAUAAUUUAUGGUUGUAUCAUAACGAUCAAUGAGAGAAAUAAACUUGUUCAGGCACAAUUAUCUCAUAAAAAUUGUACAAGCCUAGCAGUUAGUCUUCAUGGUAUAAUGCAAACUACGCCACUUAGGGUUAAAAAUUUGGUUUGACCUUUAUAUGAACAAAUUGUACCAUAAUUGUAUGGAAAAUAAAAAUGUAUGCAAAAAUAAGGUAAUGUGGUUUGAUUUGCCAACGAGACAGUGAUCGUAUUUACUUAAUUUAUUCAUAUUAAAUAUUUCAUACUUAACUAACAUAUUAUUUUUUAAAUAUUGAACUUUGUAUAAAUUAGUAAAACAAUAAUCGCGUUAGAGCAGCUGUACAACUGUUAGAAAAGAAAAUUAUGUUUAGAUAUUAAAGUCAAAAAUCAAACCGAAUGUGCUUUAUUUGUUACAUAGCUCGAAAAUUUCUAUAUGACAAAUGGUCGAUUGUUUUCAAAACCAGUCCUUUGAAGCGUUUUAAAGUUUUACUUUAUUAUUAAUUUUUAAUUAUUAUUUUUUUCUUUAUGUUAAUAUGAUUUAAUUUUCUUCACCAAAUAUUGCAAAUCAGCGAACCAGCACAAAUCACUUCUAUUAUAAUGAAAGAAAUAAGGUGAACAGUUGCAUUCUUCCAAGAUGACUUACGGUAAUGGUUGUUUUUUUCCCUUAAGGAUUGAAAAGUGAACCUGUGAAACUCCACCUAAGACCUUGUCAGAUUUACCUCAAAUCUUUAUUUUUUUUCAAAAAGAAAUGAAUAAGUAAUUCUAAAAGCAAAAAAAAAAAAAACAACCCCAAUUUAUAUUAUUUUUUUUAAUCAUGUUGAAAACCCAGUAGAAAAAUUCUGAAUUCAGAAGAAAAAACAUUGUUGCCACAAGAAAUGUGACUGCUGCAAUAUAACCGGGACGAUGGGUCAAUGUAUUGUAUUUCAUCAUGCAAGCAGUCAUCUAUUGUACAAGUAACAGGUAUACAAAUACAUUAUCGCUUUAUUUGUAUAAUAUGCAAAUAAAAUAUCCUGGUUUCUUGCUGCUUUGUUGAACGAACGGUAAUUUUAAAAUUACUUUUACGUCACUGUUCAUUUUUGAGUGCUUUAAGCCAUGUAGAUGUCUACAAUAGUCGAAGACAAUGGUUGAGAAUUAAAAAAAUAGAUAACCGUAACAUCGUAAAGGAUAAAUUGCAGUGUAAAAGGAAUACAUAUACAUUAUCGGAAGAUAUAAAAGUAAUUUCUAUCCGCUAUGAAAAAGGAGAAAAGCUAGACCAUGCUUCUUCCGGUUUUGAAGCUCGGACGCAUACACUUUAUAUUUUCCUGCAAUGUACAUACAUGUAUAUUGUAUAUGUUUUCAGUGAUGUAACACCGAUUUGCAAUAUUUUUUAAAGCCAACUUUGUAAUUCGCGAAUUUAUGUUUCGUUGGUUUCUUAAAUUCUUUAAUUGGCUUUACCAUCGAAUUCCACUAUUAUUAUUUCUCCAAAAUAACUAUUCAGUUUCAAUUUCAUUUUCAAACAAUAUUCUUUUACUUGCUAGAGCUCAAUAUUAAGUGCUUAAACGAAUUCAGGGAAUGUUUCUAAAUUAAAUGUCAACUCAUGUGUUACUCAUGCAUUGUAUAAACACAACAGUCUCAAUGCUUGAAACUUUGUGCAAUGACAUCGUGGUCAUUCCACUGAAGAAAUCUGAAUCUUCCCUUUUCUAUAUAAUACUUAAGAUAUCUGGCUGAAUCAAAUUAGAUACCGACCGUGCAAGUCCCUCAUGGGUAGUCAAGGUCGUUGAAAAAAACCCUCGUCGUCAAAUUAGAUAGGAUAGACAAUUCAAGUUUUGGUCGUUACCGCCAUAUAAAGGUCAAUUAAAUCGUCCCGGCAUAAUAUAGGAUACUUAACACACUAAUGGUUUUUUUUUCAAUUACUGCUGAAAAAAAUUGCUGCUUGUAAAGGCCUGUUGAAAUAAUAUUUUUGUAUAAAACAGUUCAGCGCAUUGUUGGUCAUAUAGCAACUUGAAUUUGGAGUUCAUAUGUUUCAAAGCAUAAUAAAUAUAUAAAUACUGAAAAA